AUGGCGGCGCCUCCGCCGCCGGCCGGGCCGGGACCGGGGCCUCCCUCAGCGGCGGCGGCGGGGCCGGGACCGGGAGCGGGGCCCGGAGCGGGGCCGGGGCCGCCCCCGGGAGCCGCGCAGGGCCCCGCGCUGCCCGCGCAGGCGGCGGCGGCGCAGGCGCAGGACUUCGAGCCGGUGCAGCGCUUCCGGCUGCUGCUGCCGCAGCUGAAAGAGAGCCUGCAGACUCUGAUGAAGGUGGCGGCUCAGAAUCUGGUGCAGAACUCCAGCAUCGACAAUGGGCAGAAGAGCGCUGACGGGCCCCUGCAGCGCUUCGACAAGAGCCUGGAGGAGUUCUACGCCCUGUGCGACCAGCUGGAGCUGUGCCUGCGCCUGGCCCACGAGUGCCUCUCGCAGAGCUUCGACAGCGCCAAGCACGCCCCGGCGCUGGUGCCGGCGGCCCCCAAGGGCGAGGGGGGCGCGGGGGGCAGCGAGAGCCUGCCCUACACCCAGUACCUGCCCCUGAUCAAGGCGCAGAUCGCCAGCGCCAAGGACAUCCACAACGCCCUGCUGGAGGGCACCAACAAGAUCACGGGCAGGCUGCCCCCGCCGGGGGGGCCCUGACGGCUUUGGGGGGUCCUGAUGGGGUUUGGGGGGGUCCUGA